CGCAUUUUAAAAUUCAAAACCCUCUUUUUUUUUAAAUAAUCCCUCCUAGCAUUCCCUGCUCUUACACACUAUGGGACUCUAUUAUAUUGGUGAAAUGAAACUUGGGUCGUCCUAGGACUGCAAAGUUCAGCCGAAUCCAUCCAUAUGAUGCUGCUUCAUUCUCAAUUCACAUCACAAGUCCACAGAGAGAGAAGCAGGCAGGCAACCAAGGAACAAAGAACAACCAUUCUUUCUUUUGUUCCCUAGCUGUUGUCUUCAGCAUCCAUCCCCCUUCUCCCCUCAUUUCAACUCUUGUAAAUAAACUUCCAAAACACACGCUUCCGGCUCCCCCAUUCUUCUUCCCCUUCUCCCCAUACCAACCAUCUCCCUCACUCCUUUCCCUUUCUCCCUCUGCUCAAUCGCUUUCCUCCCUUGCCCCUUCCCCUCGUCUCACUCUUCCCUGCUCCUUCCACAGCUUCUGCAUUCCAUUUUGUUCGUUUCCUCCGUCGGAUUGAAGGAAAGCUGAAAAUAGAAAGCUGUAACAUCGACAUGUCGGUCAUCAGCUCCAGAGGAAGCAACGCAGCAGAGCUUCGUCUUCCCAGGAAAUGGACGGACAGAGAAGCCACUCCUGAGCGAAUCAGAGUCUGGGGUCACAACCGCUCCACCUCCAACACCGCGACUGUAGAAAAUGUUGAUAUUAUUAAGGCCGGAAACACCUGCGCCGAGAAGGAGAAUAAGAAGAAAGCCCCCGUCGUUUACUACCUCUCGAGGAAUGGACAGCUCGAGCACCCUCAUUUCAUGGAAGUCCCCCUCUCUUCUCCCGACGGCCUCUAUCUCCGAGAUGUGCUCGACCGGUUGAAUCUGCUCCGCGGGAAAGGCAUGGCUGCUCUCUACUCCUGGUCUUGCAAACGGAGCUACAAAAGCGGAUUCGUCUGGCACGAUUUGGCGGAGGGCGAUUUCAUCUACCCGGCCCACGGCAGCGAGUACGUCCUCAAAGGCUCCGAGCUUCUCGAACCGGCGCCGCUCGCCGACUCCACGGAUUCCUUCAGAUCUGUAAAGAUACCGGCCGAGAUUCAGAGCCACAAGUCGUCGUCGUCCUCCGCGUCUCCGCCGUCGAGCGACGAGCUGAAUCCUCGCCCGGCGAUCGCGCGGCGGAGGAACCAGUCCUGGAGCUCCAUCGAUCUCAGCGAGUACAAGGUCUACAGAGCGGAGCCGUUCUCCCAGUCGAGCCGGCGGCUUGCGGCGGACGCGGCGACUCAGACGGAGGACAAGAGGCGGUGGAUGAGGCCGGUGAAGCUGGCGGAGGAGGAAGAGGAGGAGGAAAUCGUGAGGGACCGGCGGGAGGUUGGAGGAGGGAGCAGGGAGGAGAUCGAGAUCGAGAUCUCGCCUCCGCCGUCGGAUUCCAGCCCGGAGACGCUGGAGACGCUGAUGAAAGCGGACAGGCGGCUGAUCCUGCUGGGCGGGAGGAGGAGCGGUGGCGGAGCGGUGGAUUCGAAUCCGACGGCGGAGGACGGCGGGAAGGUGAAGGCGUCGACGGUCCUGAUGCAGUUGUUUGCCUGCGGGUCCAUGUCGUUCAGGGACUGCGGGGCCGCGGCGGUGAAGGAGCAAGGGCUCUCUCUGAUUGGGCAGCGGUACAAGGGGAGGUUGCCACGUGGCGCCGGGGACCACGUCGCGGGGGCAUCACGGGAAUUUCGGAGUCCUCCUCCAGGGGUAAGACUGGAAGAUAAGGAGUAUUUUAGCGGGAGCUUGAUCGAGACGAAGAAGAAGGAAGAGAUUCCUGCCGCGCUGAAGCGGUGUAAUUCCUAUAACGCUGACAGGAUGUCACAGCUACAACUCGGGGAACAAGAGGUGGAAGGGAGAGCAGGAGGCGAUGGCGCGACCACGAAAUGCAUUCCGAGGAAGCUGCCCAAGGCGGGGCCGGCGGCGAGUCGGAAAGAGAAGGAGAAGAUUAGCCACCAGGACGAUGUUAGUAAUAGCAGCGAGGGUGGUGGUGGUGGAGGGAGCAAGAGAUUUGAGCCGACCACCAUCCGACAAGUAGAGGAAACCCGGAAGGAUGGAAGCAAAUAGUAAAAAAGUUUGACGGCAGAUAGUCCUUUACACUUAAUGGAAGGGAAUGCAUGUUUUUGCUAUAUGUACAUGACUAAAAAUGUUGCUGUUAGUGGUGGUAGCAGUUAUAGUUCAUAUAUUAGUGGGGCCUGAAGCUGAAGACCACCAAGUUAACUUAAACUGGCACGGCAGGGCGAGUAGGACAUCCAAUCCAUGGUGGGAGUCUGGGAGAGGGAAAUCAAGAAAAAGGUCAAAGAAAGGAGAAAGGGGAGUUAGCUUUUGUUUUUGUUUUUUUCAUCGUUACGUUCUCUUUUGUGGAAGGUUGCGAAAAUGUCUGCUAGGUUGAGAUCAUGGCGCGCCUUGGUGUCUGUAGUAUUCAGAAACUAAUGCAUGGAGCAAUGUAGAAAUCUCAAAUAACAUAGCCUCUGUUUUGCGGUGCUUAUUAAUUCAAUGCACUGAUUAAUAGCGCCGAUCGAGCUGGAGCC